CCAGCGAAGUCUCGCGAGGACAGCUUAAUUCGUCGUGAGAAAAGAAAGGAUUAGCAAAUGGAGAUGGCAUUCAUGGUCGCUGUUUGAACGCUGAAAGGUGCAGCGCAGAAAGUCGGCCAUGUCUGAAUCUCUGUACGAGAAGUUUCUGGCCCCAGAGGAGCCAUUCCCUCUCCUCUCCCAAAGAGCCAACCUCAGCGAUGUGGGAACACUGGACGUCAGCGAGUUCAGCUGUCAGCUCUCGUCUUGUCACAGAACAGACCCUCUACACCGUUUCCACAGCAACAGGUGGAACCUCACUUCCUGUGGGACCAGCGUAGCCAGCUCAGAGUGCAGCGAGGAGCUCUUCUCCUCCGUGUCGGUCGGCGAUCAGGACGACUGCUACUCCCUGCUGGACGACCAGGAACUGACGUCCCUGGAUCUGUUUCCGGAGGGCAGCGUCUGCAGCGACGUCUCCUCCUCCAUCAGCACGUACUGGGACUGGUCCGACAGCGAAUUUGAGUGGCAGUUGCCGGGAAGCGACAUCGCCAGCGGCAGUGACGUCCUCUCCGACAUAAUCCCAAGCGUGCCGAGUUCACCAUGUCUGUUCUCCAAGAGGAAACCGAAAUCUCACACCCACCGCAACCUGGACGAGCUGCCCUGGAGCGCCAUGACCAACGAUGAGCAGGUGGAGUACAUAGAGUAUUUGAGUCGGAAGGUGAGCACAGAGAUGGGCCUGAGGGAGCAGCUGGACAUCAUCAAGAUCAUCGACCCGUGCGCUCAGAUCUCUCCCACCGACAGCGAGUUCAUCAUCGAGCUAAACUGCCUCACCGACGAGAAGCUCAAACAGGUGCGGAGCUACAUCAGGGAGCACAGUCCCCGGCUGAGAGCCAGCAGCACCAGGGAGGGCUGGAAGAGGAGCAGCCACAGCAGCGCCAGCACCGGGGGGGUGAGCGGCAUCAGCAGCAGCAACGCCAGCAUGGUCAGCUCCGCCAGCUCUUCCACGGGCUCCACAGCCUCCAACUCUGUGGCCGGUGGCACCGCCUCAGCCUGCAGCGGGAGCAACAUCAGCAGAGCUCACAGUGACGGAAACCUGUCGAGCGCCGCCGAACGCAUCCGAGACUCUAAAAAGCGAUCAAAGCAGCGGAAGCUCCAGCAGAAAGCGCUCCGUAAGCGUCAGCUGAAGGAGCAGCGGCAGGCGCGUAAGGAGCGCCUGAGUGGCCUCUUCCUGAACGAGGAGGUGCUGUCGCUACGGGUGACGGAGGAGGACGACCACGGAGACGACCUGGACAUACUGAUGUGACACCAGUGAACCAAUCAGUGCUCCCUCUAGGCCUGCAAGCUUUCCGCCUAACCCGACGCGUUUCAUCCCAGUUCGUGCGCUUGGCAGUGUUUCGCUUCCAGUGGCCUGCGACUUUAGCUCGACAUGCUAGUGCUUCUACUGCAACGCUGUAAUAACGCUGCUGACGCUUUGGGAAAAUACCGAUCUUGGUUUAGCCUGCUUAGCACCACAGGUUAGCUGACACACCGCUAGCAACAAGAGGACUGCUGCUUAGAGAAGCUUUUAUCAGCUGAUGCUACUAGAACUACGACAGACAGGAGGGCAGAUCAGGAAUCACUGUUGUUUUGUUUUUGUUUUUUUUCUACAAAAUGCUCAAUGAAAACAUUUCCCUAAUUUUUCUCUUCUUCAACAUAUUUGAAGUUGCAGUAAGUAACUUUUUAAAUGUUUUUUUUACGUAUUUGUCAAAACUGUCGCUGUGUCGUGACAAUAUGCUGUGAGACAGAUAAUGUGUGAAAAAAAUCAAGCUCCACCCACCAGCUGCAAAAAAACAACCAAUCGGAGGCUGGAGGAGGGUCUUAUUGCUGUCAAUCAAGCCUGCGUAUGCACUUGGUAAAUGUGCAAAUGGCGGAAACUUUUUUUUUUAAACAAUAAACUUCAUAACAUAAAAAACAUACAAACGUAACGGCAACGACCGUUUUACAUUGAACAUUCUUUUCAGAUAAUGUCUUAAAUAUUCCCCACUGACUAAUAAUACACUUAGCAAAUGUAUAAGCAAUUGGGUUAGCAAACUGAGCAAACCCAGUAAAACUAAGUUAGAAAUAAAAAUAAAACUUAGGGUUAGCACAGAAAUAACGUGCUGUGACAGGGAAAACAGUUUAUCCACCACCAUUAAAAGCCAUGCUAACUAACGUUAGCAUUAGCAAUCAAAAUUAACAAACAAAAAAUCAAACAGUAAAAGUUUGAAAAAUAAAAAUAGCAUGUGAAGUUUAUAGCAGAGAAACAACUUACCGUUACAGGAAAACCAUUUAUCUGCUGUCAUCGAUGACCAUGCUAACUAAUGAUAGCAUUCAUGACAGAAUGCAAAGGGGAGCUGUAAGCAGCAUGUAUACAAGAUUGAUUGACAGUGCUAAGACCCUCCUCCUGGUCCUGAUUGGUUGUUUCUGAGUGGUGUAUUUCUGCAGUUAGUGCUGGAGGAAAAUGCAGAAGAGUUAAAAAAAAUUUCACAGGUUAUGUGUCUCAUAUUGUCAUGACAUACUAACAGUUUUAUCAAAUAUGUCAAAACAUUUUUAUAAAAGCUCCACACUUGCAGCUUUAAAUCACGUCUUUAAACGACAUGCAGCAGCAAACAAUACAUUUCUGCACCAUGUUUUGUGACAUGAAUACAGACAGACUGCAGUCUGGGUUCAACUUACUGCCUUGUGGACGGUCUCUGUUUUCUAUUUCCAUUUUCUUCAGCCUUCGUUCUGUCAGAGCUGAAAUCAAAACGGUUCUUCAUUCCAGAGGUCUCAAAGGAAGUGAGCUGGUCUGUCUUUCUCUCCGCUGAGGCGCUGCAGCCUCAUUUUCACCAAGGCUUAGAGGGAGCACUGAAACCCUGCAUGUUUGAACCGCUCUCCCCCCACGGGCCAGGAAUUAGUUCAUUUGAUAUCCUACAUUUACUAAAACGGCUCAUACUUCUUGUAAAUAGUAACACUAGCAUCCUGCUUUGGUGGCGGCUUCAGCUCAGUUUGUUUUGGGUAAAGUUAUUGGUUAUCACAGCUUCUAGUGUUUAUAUUUGUCCCUUAUUAUGCUUUUGUUUUCGAUUUUGUGGCGUUUCAUCGCAUUCUGAAACUCAGACGUUUGUUUCUGGGUGAGCGCACUCAAUGAUUUGAGUCUAAAAUGCCAGCAGACAUAAAAUCGUAUUCUCCUACUUUUUCCACAUUUCAGCUCAACUAAAUGUUGACGCGGCGCCACAAAAACAGCCUCUUUGGAAAACUGAAGCUAUUGUUUUAAUUUUUCUAGAUUUAGCCGCUUUGUGUUUGUUUUUUUUUUGUUGUUUCUCUCUGUUACGUUGUGACUCUUUCACUCCUCCUGAGCUGUAAGGUGUUUAAACCACUGCAGUUACUGGCACAAACGUCUGCUGUUUGUCAUAUAGUUGAAAUGUUACUGUUCAUAUAUAUAAAGAUAUAAAUUACAGCCGUUAUGUUUUAAAAACAGGUUUAUGUCUUCUGUAGCAUUGGAAAAUAUUAAGAUUCUAUUUUGGAAAUUGAAAUAAUUUUGAAACAAAUGUGAUUUAAAAUGAAAAGAAGUUUGUGUGAAUAAGGUACCAAGAACUGCUAAAAAAUAAAUGAGCUUAAAAUCAAA